GGCAGCGGCUCCCCGCCCGCCCACUCACACAUGCUGCCGAGCCGCAGUCAGCUGGAGCGCCGCUUCCUCCCCAGCCGCCGCCGAUGACCUCUUCGCCCGUCGGCAGCCGCUGAGGAGCCCCGGCGUCCCCGCGCGGGCAGGGGAUGCUCCAUCGGUCGGCCGCCCGCAGCCCCGCGCAGCCCGCCCGCCGCGCAGCAGCCUCGGCCGCAGGGAGCCGCAGCCCGGGAGGAGCCGCACCAUGAACCCCCAGUGCGCCCGCUGUGGGAAAGUGGUCUAUCCCACCGAGAAAGUCAACUGCCUGGACAAGUAUUGGCAUAAAGGAUGUUUCCACUGUGAAGUUUGCAAAAUGGCUCUGAACAUGAAUAACUACAAAGGAUAUGAAAAGAAACCUUAUUGCAAUGCACAUUACCCAAAGCAGUCUUUCACUACAGUGGCUGAUACUCCAGAAAAUCUACGUCUGAAGCAACAAAGUGAAUUGCAGAGUCAGGUAAAAUACAAAAGAGACUUUGAAGAAAGCAAAGGAAGAGGGUUCAGUAUUGUGACCGAUACGCCCGAGUUACAAAGACUGAAAAGGACUCAGGAACAAAUCAGUAAUGUUAAAUAUCAUGAAGAUUUUGAGAAGACAAAGGGCAGAGGCUUCACCCCAGUGGUGGAUGAUCCUAUAACAGAGCGGGUGCGGAAAAACACCCAAGUUGUAAGUGAUGCAGCAUACAAAGGGGUGCAUCCACAUAUAGUUGAAAUGGAUAGAAGACCUGGAAUAAUUGUUGCCCCUGUUCUCCCUGGGGCAUAUCAGCAAAGCCAGUCCCAAGGAUAUGGAUACAUGCACCAGACAAGUAUGUCAUCUAUGAGGUCAGUGCAUUCACAGCCUCAUUCAGCAGGCCUGAGAACAUACAGAGCUAUGUAUGACUACAGUGCUCAAGAUGAAGAUGAAGUUUCCUUCAGGGAUGGUGACUAUAUCAUCAACGUGCAACCAAUUGAUGAUGGCUGGAUGUAUGGUACUGUUCAGAGAACUGGGAAAACAGGAAUGCUUCCAGCAAAUUAUAUUGAGUUUGUUAACUAAUUUUUGUCUCUAGUCCUUUGAGCUUUGUUAUGAUUUACUCAAAAUCUAAUCUUUUAGAAAAAGUCAGAAGAAUCUUUUAAGGCCACAUGUUCAUUACUUUAUUGCUACUAUGACAGUCUGCAUUCUCACUCAGAAUCCAAUUUAGAGCCCUUUAAAUACGGAUGAAUAAACAACAAGAGCUUUGAAAACAGCGUGGCUUAUAAUAGUGCUCCCUCAAAAUAAAAUAAAAUAAAAAACAUAUAUGGAAGCCUGGUGCUGUGAAUCCUAUAAAAUCAAUUAGCUGUAAAGGGAAAAUACCUUUUCCCUACAUCUCAAAGAGGUUGUUUCUCUUUAUAGUAACCAUAAAAUUGAUUCGCUUCUUAUGGGAUACGUCUAAUGCUUGAGAAGUUAGCAUCCUCAUAAAAAUAAAAAUGGUAGUUAGAGAAUUCGAUCAUUUGAAAUGAUACCAAGUAAUAUGUUUGUAAAAAAACAAAAAACAAAAAACAAAACCAAAACAACAAACCUACUGCCCAGCAGCCUUACAAUAAAAAGGUUUAUUUUGACAGUAAAAAUUUCCCAACUCUCACCUGCGUUUAUUCCUGGAUUACCCAUUUUAUUUUUGUGUUUUUCACAGUGACCUCUUCUAUCUGCUUGGCUUGCAUCCUAGUCCAUCAGUUAGAUCCAUGCCUGGUUUCAUGAUUCUUCAGUAUCUUUCCCACAGAAAAUUCCUUGCAGAAAUUAUCUUGAUUAUAAAAGCUAUCAUGUCUUCUGUUUCCUUCAAAUAAUACCUUGCAUUUAAAUAUAAACUUCCAUUAGGGCAACGUUACUUCCUUUACUUUCCCCUGUACUGCUGUAAAUAGUGUGUGUGAGGCCCUGGUGCUGUGCAGUCACACAAAGCAUGCAGGCACAUCCCUUCAUCUUACCACAAGUAACUUGCUUAAUGGCUGCCUUGCUAAUGAGCUAAUGUACCUACCCUGCUGCAGAAAUAAUUGCACCUCCAUUGAAGAGUGGAGAAGAGCUCUGGUUAUUGUAGUGCAUUUCAGCUCAAUGGCCUAUUUCAGUUUCCUUCAAAAUUUUUAAUGAUCUGACAGUGAGUUGUAUGUUUACAAAAUGAUUAAUGAAGGAGAAACAUAACUUUCUUUUGAAAUUUAUUCCUUUUCAUAACUGAAACUGAAGGGAAAACUAGCAAAAAAGACCCACCCAAACCUUCAACAUACUCUAUUCCAUUAAGCUUCAGUUUCCAUCAUGAGUAGAAAACAGUAAUAAUAUUUUGCUGACAAACCUUGCUCCUUGAUGACUGUUAACUUAUGAUUAGGAAAUAAAGGAACCAGGUCUCAAUCUAUGAGACUGAGAGAAGAGCUUAAAAUAUCUGGUGACACAACAGACCUGUAAGAGAAGUUGUGUCACAGGCUUGAAACACAAGGAAGUUCCUCUUGCUUUAAGGGGAUGCCAGGAAGGUGCUGUGUUCCCUCCCAGAUAAAACUCUGUGAGGAAAGACAAGAGAAUUAGCAGUUCAUGUGGGAGUUUACUGAUGUGAAUGCAUACAAACAUAAAGAAAUAAUGAAGAAAUAAUGUUUUUGCUGAUAAUGUGAUUAUAGUAUUCAACCAUAUGAGAAAGAAGUUAAUUUUGGAGUAGCUGUCGUGUUGGUCCUGCACUGACAUUAUCCCAUUUCUGAAAUGUUAAGAGUAGAACUGUUACAGAAUUUAUAGAUAAUUUUGUAUGUCAUAUUUCACAAAAUAAGGAAGUCUGCCGUAUCUGUUUAAACAACAAAGAAGGAAGGCAGUAUGGAUUUGUUACAGCAUCUGAAAGCUGUCAGUGCAAAUACUUCCUAGCUCCAUUUUUGUGUACAAUUAGGAAUUGGAGAGUUUAAGUGUUUUUUUUUUUUUCCUGUUAACAAGGGGCAAGUCCCAGGCUGCCAAACAGGGGGUGGGAUGACUGCAUUUGAAAAAAACAAAAAAAGAAAAGAGGAAAAAGGUCAUGACAUUGUCUAUACUUUCUUGUCUGCUGCGUAAUUUCAAGGCCAAAGCUACCUGGGAGCAUCUAACUUCAAAAAAAGUGGUUUAAAACCAGGGAUGUGAGCCUGUAAAUGUGCAAUCUGUAUGGCUUACACUGCUGUCAUUUUAAAUACUUGAAAGACAAGGGCUGUAACAGACCGUGAUGCAUUACUGGUGACUUCCACAUUAAAUUUGCUAGCUUUGCAAGUCAAAUGGGUGUUUUUCAAAAGGCUGCUGUGAUAGGCACAGCUAGAAACUCUCAAAAAAGCAGUCUGUUUGUGCAUUGGUUUUCAUCACUGGCCAUCAACAGCAAAGAGAGAAAUCCUAUCUUAAAGUAGCUGACAAAUUUUUCUGAUGAUGCCUGGGGCAGAAUUGGCUAUCGCUUGCUGCUAUGCUGCUCUAUUUGUUCUGUAAUGCUGACAGCAAUACAAACAAGUUGGCAGUUUGCUAACCAGACAUGAAUGCAAAGAAAUGGAGCGAACAGAUAUUUUGCAUCAAAUUGCAAAUUUUAGUCACUUACAGAAAAGCAAGUCUCAACAUCAGCUUGCUUUCUUCGUAAGUGAGGAGAUGGCUUCCAGUGUUGAAUGUCUAGUGAAAAGUAAAUCAGAAAAUGAGCAUUUGAUCUCAUUGGAGAACUAUGUGCUAAACAACCAAAAUAAAAUGUUGUUUAUGAAUUUUGAAUAUUCAGUAGCCUGGCAAAGCACCUAAAGCAACUGCAAAAUAAAAAAAGUCAAGGAAGCAAAGUAGUAUGUGAAUUGUAUUUCUCACUGAAGUGGUAUGUCAGCAGAAUUAUUAAGAUCUGUUUUAAGGUACUCAUUUAUGUAGUCAGGUUUUUAUGUUAUAUGUACUCAGCAAUGAUUGUUCAUUUGAAAUGUUUCCUCUUUUUUAAUAUACAACAAACUUUUUUCCCAUUGUGCAGAUGUGUUCUGAACUGUGCUAUCAAAGUCCACAAAAUAUCAGAGUGCUAUUUUCAAACUGUUGUAUAAGAUCUGAAAUUUGCAAUGUAAGAAGAAUAGGUCAGCAACCAAAUUGUGCCAGCACAACUUUUACAAGGCAUAUGUUGGAGCCUGUUACAUGCAGUGGUAUGGAGGGGUAAACAGAUGUUGUAUGCUGUCCUGUCACCUUUAAAAUGUGCAUUCCUUUUUAACACAGCAUGAUCUCCUCACUGUGCUUUUUUUCCUGUUAACAACAUUUUUCUGGGGAAAGAGUUCUAAGGAACAAAAUUUCCCAAGAUAUUCCAAAUUUCAGUCUGGAAGCUCAUAUGUUCCCAUUUUAAGCAUUUUAGAAACGAGGAAGUUAUGCUAACAUUUUUACUAAUCUAUAUAUAAAUAAAUAAAACUACACAGAGCACAUUCAUACAUAUACACAAGAACAAAUGGGUGCCUUGCUUUUCAUUACUUUUUCUUGCCUGGCUUAUCUUCAUUUUCUAAACAAAGCUACUUACAGAUCCUGCAUUUUUCAUUAUAGAACAUUAGCAUUUAAUCUUGAUGAAACAGGGUUUUCUUGAUUACAUUUGACGUACCAUAAACCACUUCAACAGAUUGAGAUUUGACAGAGAUUCACCUCCCAUGGAUUGUAUUUGUGACAAAUGUGUCCAUACCGAGUGUUACUUGGGGAUGCAGAAGGUCUCCAAUGUUUGGAAAAGGUAGUAAUUUUAGCUUUUAUUGUACAGUGGCAUGCCAUUUUGUACAAUGAAAAAGAAAUGGUGUGUAAGUCUUUGGCAGAAAGUGGUACAGGGUAUAAAAUGUUAGAUUUUAAUUAUGUUGAUUAAUACUCCAUUUAAAAUACAGAAUAAGCUUUAGUAAAUGUUUCAAUAACAUGCUGGAACAGACAAAAGAUGCUGUUGAAAGAUCUCCAAACUGAUGUGCUGGCAAAUGCAAAGUAUGGUGAGCUGUAGAAGAGUAAACCAUUUUGCAGUGCUUUAGUGAUUUUAUCCAGCUUUAUGCAAUAGGAAUCCUAUCUCCCUUUUUGAAAGAAAACCUGAAAGCUAUAUUUCCUAAACUGCCUGCAUUACAACAAUAUAUUGAAAGGAAUUUCAUAUGCUUCUUGUGUCUGAUAAAUAGAAUUUGCAUAUUGUACUUAAGUUGUAAUCCAGUUGUUGUUGACAUUUGUUUAAUUAUUAUUAUUUUAGAGGGGAAGAUAAGCUAUACUGUAGCAUUUCAAUCAUGUGUAUUUAAUAGUACUCUUAGAAGUUGCUAGACCGUUGGAAGACAGCAAUGACUGUAUUAACAUUGAUUAGCAUGAUGUGGAAAAUCUCAGCUGUUGGUUUUUGCAGUGUGAUAUAAAAAGCAAAAAUGAACCGCUGUGCAGUUUGGCUUAUGUUUGCUUUCAAGUGUGUAAAAGUUUUAGUUAUCUUGCAAAACUACUGUAUUUGGGAGUAUAAGUUCUGAAGGUAACAAUUGUUUUUCAAAGGACAGAUGUACUUACUCCUGGAUCAUAUGAUGUAUCAUCUUAAUUUGGCUUUUGUUAUGCAGAAAGUUAACACCAGCUAUUAAAAUAUAUUUUAGUAGAAAUGCUUUAAUUCCUGUUUUUUCCUCUACACUGUGAAUAUUUAAGCCUUGGUGGACUAGAGCAACAUCAUGCUGCCCAAAGUACUAACCUAUGCAAACUAGUUCACAUUUUAGUUGAUGUCACAGUGGAUGUAACAUAACAAUUUAUUUUGCAUAACAUUAAAAGUCAUUCAAAUAAAAUGUUAAACCUAGCACUAUGUAUGUAUUAUAUUCAUAAUCAAUCCUCUGCAAAGCUACUGUGCCCAUUAAAAUAAGCUACUGAACCUGUGUAUUGUUCUAACUAAGUAGGGAUGCUGUGACUUUUCAAACUGAAGAGGAAUAUAUAGUGCUAUUUCAAGCUUGAUCUCAAGAAAUGUUUUAGAAAACAGCAGUUUAUUUCAGAAAUGCACUCUUCUCAAAGGGUUGAUUAGCCUUUUCAGUCUGUUUGUAACCCUUUAGAACAGUAAGUUACAUUCUAUGUCCCUUGUUUUGUUUAAAUAAACAAAGGUAGUAAGUGAA